CAAGCAAGAGCCGAACAGUGGAGUAGUAGUGUGAAGGUGCACCCGACAAGACACAAGAUGGCAUUCAAGGUUGUUAUGAUCCUGGCGGCGGUGGCCGUGGCGUCGGCCAGCCCCAUCCCCGGCAUCGUGGACUACGGCCACGCCGGACUCGCCUACGGAGGCGCUGUCUCCGUCGCACACGCCCCCGCCUACGCCGUGGCCCACGCCCCCGUCGCGCACGUCGUCGCCGAGCCCGUUGCCCACCCCGCCUACGCCUUCAAGUACGGCGUCCACGACGCGCACACCGGCGACGUCAAGAGCCAGUCCGAGCACCGCGACGGCGACGUGGUCAAGGGCGAGUACUCCCUGGUGCAGCCCGACGGCACCACCAGGACCGUGCACUACACCGCCGACGACCACAACGGCUUCAACGCCGUCGUCACCAACUCCGGCCACGCCGUGCACCCCCAGAUCGUCCAGAAGGUCGUCGCCGCCCCCGUCGUCCACGCCGCACCCGCCCUAGUCUCCUACGGUGUCGGUCAUGGUCUCGGUCAUGGUCUCAGCCAUUAUUAAGCUAGGAUUAUUACCUCAAUCAACCAAGAAGAACCUCUUGCCUCAAUGUACCUGGAAUCGCAUCCGUCACCUCAUCUGUAAAAUAAACUGACUUGCCAUACGAAACCAA